GAACCCCCUCACAAAUAGAAAACUAUCGGGAUUUUUUUUCUGCAAAAUUUUCAAAACAUUCUGAGGGGUAUUGUUGUCAGGGGGAACCAUGUCUCGCAAAGCCGAGGAUAUCAACAGACUCACGGAAAACACCUAUAAGACUGUAAUGGAACAAUUUAAUCCAGGAUUACGGAAUCUUGUAAAUUUGGGCAAAAAUUAUGAGAAAGCUGUUAGUGCUAUGGUGGCCGCAGGAAAAACCUACUUUGACGGCAUUUCAAAAUUGGCAGAAUUGAGCUCCCAAUCACCAGUUUCCAAAGAGCUAGGACAAGUCCUAAUGGAAAUUUCUGAAGUACACAAGAAAAUCAACAUGGAUAUGGAAGACAAUUUUAGGAAAUUUCACAAAGAUAUCAUCAGUGAAUUGGAGAAAAAAACUGAUCAAGAUGUGAAAUACAUGAAUGCAACUCUUAAAAAGUACCAAACAGAACAUAGAACUAAACUGGAUUCUCUUGAGAAAUCACAAGCAGAACUUAAAAAACUUCGAAGGAAAAGUCAAGGAACAAAAAAUGCAUACAAAUAUGAAAAUAAGGAAAUGGAGUUCUUAGCAACCAUCAAUACAAGGGAAAAUGACAUUCAGAGAUUCAUUACUGAGGGCUGCAAAGAGGCAUUACUCGAAGAAAAGAGACGUUUCUGCUUCCUUGUGGACAAACAUUGCAGUUUUUCCCAAGAUCUAAGCAAUUAUCAUGAAAAGGCCAAUGGAAUCCUUGGUGCCAAAAUAAACAGAUGGAAGGAGAAAUGUUUUGAUGCUACAAAGAUACCUGAAUUUUUAGGUGAAGAUGACAGCCCACCAACGUAUAUAUCCAGAACUCCUCAACCUUCUCCAUUGAUUGGACGAUAUACUGUACAUGACCCUGCAUUACAAAAUAAUUUGAAAAUACCACCGGCUCCUCCUGGAAGAAUUCAGAAAAGUCCUCUACCAGAUAUGUUUAACAACCCAACUGCUCAACGUGUGGCCCCUGUUGAGAGAAACAAUGAUGGAUUAGAGGACGCAAAUCUAACAAGAUCCAUUUCCGUUGCAACUGGAUUGAAUAUGGUUCAGAGGCCAAAGGUGAAAAGCAUUUUUCCACAUACAGCAGGGAAUAACAAAAAUAUGUUGAGCUUCGCAGAAGGUGAUGUGUUAACACUGCUGAUACCAGAGGAAAGAGAUGGCUGGCUGUAUGGAGAACAUGAUAUGAACAAAAUGAGAGGUUGGUUUCCAACAUCUUACACAAGGCCAUUGGAACAAGGUCCAGACGUGACACCUGCACCCAGCCCGGCACCAGCACGGAGUAUGAGCAUCCUGAAUCUUGCAGACAGAUCAAAUGUUGUCCUACCUCCUCCAGAUUAUGCCUCUGAUCCAGUUAAACAUCACAGCAAGGAAGUAUCUUUCCACUCUUACAGCAGCAUCCCAGUCAAAGGGAUUGUCACCCAGCCAGACAAUACUAGUUCAAGUUCGGAGCCAAAUGGCAUCAUGAAACCACCUUUCCUUAGUGGAGGAAAUCCUUUUGCUACAGUAAAGCUCCGACCAACAAUAACAAAUGACAGAUCGGCACCAGUUAUUUAGUGCACAAGUUGUAAAAGUAAUCCUCAAUCAGUCAUGCAGUUGAAACCAACAGAUGCCAUUUUAAAUUAAUACUAUAUAAGCAAUCAUACCUUUUGUACAAACUGCUCUUGAUAGUUUAUAUUCAUUAAUAUAUUAUUUAUGCUAAUAUCCAAAUUAAUCACUACAGAAAUGCUCUUGUAUAAAUGGUGGUGGGACAAAAGAUCUUACAGUUGAAAGAGUACAGCAUUUACAGUGAAUCUUAAUAUUAUAGGGGAUAUAGGAACAACUUUUUGUUAGAGCACAUUCAUUGUUUGAAAAAGCUGUUAUCUUCCAAGAUCCUGAUGCUUGUGCUCUACAGUUUAGUCAGAAAUUCAUUCACUUUGAUGCUUAAUAUUUAACCAAAGCAAUUGUUUUUGGGGGAAAAUCUGAAUGCAUUGGUCAUUAUUUUAUUGAAUAUAGGAGGUAGGACUCUGGAGAUUAUAAAAACAUAAUCUGUUGGAAAAAAGCAGGUCAGGCAAUAUCUAUGGUGUGUGUCAGGUCAAUAGCUUUGUAUCUGAAAAAUCCAGAGCUUGCUUCUUUAAAAGGAUGCAUGCUAUGACUGGUGAUCUUGAAGGAACAAGCCUCUAGCUCAUUGGCAUGUGCAUUUGAAACAGUAAUAUGCUAGAAUAGAUUUUGUUUUAAUAUCAGGAAUGCAAGCCAUAGUCAUACGUGUCAACUCACUGUACCCAUUCAAUUCUUCUCUCAGGGAUGGAUAUGUGUACACACUUAAUUUUAUUUUCUAAUCAUUGCUCCUUCUGCAAACUACUUUUCUAUUGUUUUUCCUCCAAAAUCUUUUAUUUAUACCCAGCUAGAGAUAUUUAAAGCUGGUGGGGCUACAUGACUCAUUUUCAGUCAAAUUCUAGAAUUCGAGAUUUCUCACUCCUUUUUUCUGCUAUUUAAAUUUAACAAUUGAGAAGAUGCAAAUAUAAAAUAAGAACAGAAAAUAUUGGCAGGCCCAUCCAUAUCAGCAAAGUGGAAAAGGACAUGGACAAAGAUCCACAUCAAAAACAUUAACCGUUUUGACUGAGGUUAACGUUUUGGAUAUAGAACUGUCAGCAGUCCCUAUGCCAGACAAAAGAUUAACGCAACCUUUUUCACUAAUGCUGAUGAGUCUGCUUUGCAUUUCCAACAUUUUCUGAUUUUCAUUUUUGAAUAUGCUACAUGUAUAUGCAUAUCUUACAGUAGCAGCCCAACCAAAUUUAUUUUUUCCUAAAACCAAACCGGAUUAGAUCCACUUGUGACACAUUUUAAAUGCAUCGGCCAAAGCUUUAUUGAUCUGAAGAAAAAUCAACAUAUUAAUUGGUUUGUACUGUAUAUAUUUUCUUUUUAUUUGUAAAAAGUGCUACCUUUUAAAGCAAUGUUUGUGUGUGUGUGUGUGUGUUUUGUUCUUAAUUUGUACACUUGCAACUUUUCCCAAUUAUAGUCAGAUUAAGAUCUAUGUAACAAACUACAAGAUACCCAAUUAGGAAGUCUGAUCAUUGCCUGGAACCAAAAGUAAAGAAACAGUAUUUCAAUCAAUUGCAACACUUCAACGAUUAAGCAAUAAUUGUGAAUUUGUAUUCAUUUACCUUGCUUUACUGCAGUUUAUGAACUCAGUUUAAGGGUAUAGGGAUAUGUGCACUUUUGCAUGGAAUAGAGGCAUUGGAAGUCAACGCUUGUUCUCUCAAACAUUUUGCAGGUGUUUGCCAUUUCACUUGUUACUUAUUGAAGUAUUUUGCUUUGGUGGUUACACGAUGUGAUGCCUAAAAUGUAACAGGCUGCUACAGGUGACCAUACUUUCAUUAUCUUUAAAAGUGUACAUAAAAUGAGAUAAUGAAUACAAUCAGAAACUGUGUGUGGGCCAAAAUGCAAAUAUAAAAUGUAGAGCAAUCAAAAUAGAAUUUGUCUACUGUUGAUCUCACAAUUGAAGACUGGAAAUAUAUAGUGUAGAGAUUAGAAAUGAGUCUUAAUAUGCACAAACACUAUGCAAGGUUAGUAAGAUGGGGAAUGCUAUUUUCCACAGCAAAGAACCUUAAAAUUUACAUCACUUCUCUGGAACAUUUGUUCCAAGUGCGUGACAAAUCAGCCUUAAAUUUGCCUUUUGUCAGCUUGAGCCUGUGCCAUAUUCUCUUACCUUGCAGUAGCUUUUCAGAUUUUCCUUUUCUGUAUUAUUUUAGAAUUGAUCCUACUUUCUGAAAGGACUCGUCUCCAUUGAUGUUUCUUCAGGCGUGAAGUCCCAUUUGUGGUCCCCUUGCAGGUGUCAUUUAUUAUAGGCCUUUAUCCCUACAAUCUGCAUUUGUUUCUCUUAUCUUCCCCUAGUCCCUUCCAAAAACACACAUACACAGCAUUUGAGUCUAUCUGAGGACUAGAGCACACUCAAUUCCCACUACAGCUUCAUCAGAUGUACCCUAUUAUUCAAAUGUGUAUUCAAUGAUUGUUGCUCCACUGUGACUGAAUGUUAAGUCUAACAGUUGUCACCACCUGCACAUACAUCUAAUUCUACUUUAAGUAUCUAAUCCAAAGGUUAAACUCAGACCCAAGAACAAUGUCUAGCUCCAUUUUGAAACUGGCAUUUGUAUGGGCCCUUGAUACUUUUCAACAUAUUUCCAUGCUAUCAUUUUAUAUUCCUUUUGCUUUUGAGAUGGCUGGACUAAUACUGUCUAUACUUGUUGCUUCCACACUAAAUAUCGGUUUUAUUCCUAAAUUAUCAAUCAGACCAUUGUGAAAAUAUCAUUACUGUCUGAGGACUUUUACCUUAGAGUACCAUUCCUGUCUACUGUCUGUGAUCUGCUGUUUUAAAAUAGUGAAAUCUAGCACAGAACUCACAGCUAAAAUAGACUAAAUAGCUAACUAAAAUAACUGAAGUGUUUGCUUAAUACUCAAAAUGUGUUUAAAAUGAAGAGAUGCAGCUCAGUUCCUUAGUUCUACAAUACUGUAGAGACAAAGCUGGAAUUUGUGUAUCUUUUAGGCAAAAGUAAAGACUGCAGAUGCUGGAAACCAGAGUUUACAUCAGAGUGGUGCUGGAAAAGCACAGCAGGUCAGGCAG